AUGAAGGAGUUACUUGUAAACUUGGACCCAGUGGUCCUAGAAGUACUUUAUGAAACAAAAUACCUGAAAAAAAUGCAUUUUGAAGUUCCAGAUGUUGUCCUUGGCUUGUGUGCAGAUGAAGAACAGAUUAAAAGACAUCAAAUGGAACUCCACAAUCUGUUGAUCAAUUACAAAGAGCGUGUGAAUGGGAUUCCUGUUAUGCUGAAACCACUGAUGAAACCGUUCAUAGGACAAGUUGAAGAUGCCCUUACUCCGGGGCUCAUGCAGCUGUCGUGGACUUCUUUGAACAUCAGUAAAUUUAUUGAGAAUGUUUAUAGUACCCUGAGGGAGUUGGACUAUGUAGUCAAAGAAGCGUCUGAUACCUUGGAAUGCAGAAUUGAAAGAAUUCUGGAGGAUAUGUCGAACACUGCUCUGAUAAUUUUGCCAGAAGAUGAACCUAUAGAUGUGCUUUCUUUCCUGGAACAGAUAGAAAAGCUUGCUAUCUCUGCUGCUCACAAGCUAUCUCAACAGAGUCAGCAAGUGGAAUGCUCUGUGAACGAACUGGUAGAUAUUGUUAAGCACAGGCUGAAAGCAGGUGUUGGAAGAACUCUGGAGGAUUCAUACACCUGUACACAUCUUGACAUGAAACAGAAAACACGCUGCCAAGAAUGCCUGUCCUGUAGUUACUAUAAUCUGAUGGGACAGGUUUGUCAGAAGAAUACUGACUCCUUGGUCAGAUGCACGAAGAUUUCUUUAGAAUCCUUAAGACAUCGAUUGCGUGUUGUUGACUCUAGGUAUCAGAUGACAAAGUUUCUAGAGACACAGAAGGCUCCUUUGUUCAAAGCUGAAAUUCAACUGGCUAUUCCAAAUGUUGUCUUGAGACCAAGUCUCGAAGAUAUUCAGAGUGCUGUAAACAAAGCAGUAAAUAUCAUAUUAUCAAUAGCCAAAGAUAUCCCCCUGUGGAAAUUUGCUUCCUUACAUCAUAAACAGCAGCAAAUUGAACAAGCUGUCGCUGUAGAGCUAGGUGAUGAGAGCAAACUCACCAGGAUGGUGGCACUGAAACCUUUAGACAAGCAGAUCAUCGAGCAUAAGGAUGUAAACAAAGUGGUGAUCCAGCUAAAUACAAUUAUUUUAUCUCUUAAAACUGAAGCAUCGGAUCUCCUGAACAGCUUUUCUGAAUUUUCAGGCAUCUGGAACAAGGAUCCAGAGGAAAAAGUGAGGGAAUUUAUAGAUACCAAACCAACAAUGGCUGAAUUCCAAACUCAAAUCAGAUACUUUUCUUCUGCCACAGAUAUGGAUGAAAUUUAUUCAUUCAUUGAAAAUGUUAGCAAGAGAUUAAGCAGACCUAUCCAUGACCUUGAUGAUGUACGGGGAGCAAUGGAAGCACUAAAGGAAAUUCGAGAGAAUGAGAUUAAAAUUGACAUGACGGUUGGACCUAUAGAAGAAUCUUAUUCUGUGCUUCACAAAUACAAUCUGCUUUUUCAAGAUGGAAAUACAGAAAGAGUUGAUGGAUUGGCUUAUGCCUGGAAGAACCUAAACACACAGGCACUGCAGGUUGAGGACUUGCUGCUGAAGGUACAACCAGACAUGAAAACAGAUUUACUGAGUGGUGUUCAAAGAUUCCAGACUGAUACUGCAGAAUUUUACAAAGAUUAUGAUGAAAAGGGCCCCGGUGAGGAGAAUGUUCCUCCCCAUGAAGCAAGUGACAGAUUACAGAUCUUUCAAGCCAAAUUUGAUGAACUAUGGAGGAAGUAUAUAUCCCUUUCUGGUGGGGAAGAAUUAUUUGGUCUUCCCGUCACAGAGUAUCCUGAACUGCACAAAAUUAAACGUGAGCUUUCAUUGCUUCAGAAACUGUACAGUCUUUAUAAUUCAGUAACUGCUAAUAUUGAUGGAUACAAUGAAAUGCUUUGGAAUGAUUUAAAUAUUGAAAAAAUUAACAAUGAACUUCUGGAUUUUCAAAACAAGGUCCGUAAGUUACCGAAAGCAUUGAAGGAACGGCAAGCUUUUCAAGACCUAAAAAAAAUAAUUGAUGACUUCACAGAGAGCUGUCCUUUGCUUGAAAUGAUGGCAAACAAAGCAAUGAUGUCACGACACUGGGAAAGAAUUGCGCAAGUAACUGGGCAUCAUUUUGAUGUUGAUUCUGAAAAUUUCUCUUUGAAAAACAUCAUGGAUGCCCCUUUAUUAAAAUAUAAAGAAGAUAUUGAGGACAUCUGCAUCAGUGCUGUUAAAGAAAAGGAUAUUGAAGCAAAAUUGAAGCACGUCAUCAGUGAAUGGAGUACUCAUGCUUUCAGUUUUGGCCAGUUCAAAACUCGAGGAGAACUCCUUCUGAAAGGAUCAGAUAUAUUGGAGAAAAUAGCUUUGAUGGAAGACAGUCUCAUGAUAUUGGGGUCACUCAUGAGCAAUAGGUAUAAUGCACCAUUUAAGUCCACUGUACAACAGUGGGUUCAGAAGUUGACCAAUACUGCAGAGAUAAUUGAGAACUGGCUUACUGUACAAAACCUCUGGAUUUACCUUGAAGCUGUGUUUGUUGGUGGAGAUAUUGCAAAACAACUGCCUCAGGCACAUUUAUUAAGUUUGUUUGACAAUGUUAACCGAGUGGGAUUCCAUGAAAAAAACUACGACCAGAUUUUAUUGUUUGAAUCUCAAGAAGGAGAACAGGUCAAUAUUAUCGAACCAGUUUUAGCUCAGGGCAAUGUGGAAUUCUGGUUAGGUCAGCUGCUGAAUGGGAUUAGGAAAACAAUCCACACCAUCAUUAGACAGGCAUCAAUGGCCAUUAGCGAUUCAGGAUUUAAGCUGUAUGACUUUCAGGCAAUGUUUCCUGCACAAAUAGGACUUCUGGGAAUUCAAAUGAUCUGGACCAGAGAUGCAGAGAAUGCACUGAAGAGUACCAAAACAGACAAAAAGGUAAUGCAUGCAACAAAUCAGAAGUUUUUGGAACUUUUAAAUGAUUUGAUUGACAUGACAACACACAAUCUGACAAGAAUGGAGCGCACAAAAUAUGAAACUUUAAUCACCAUUCAUGUGCACCAGAAAGAUAUCUUUGAUGAUUUGGUCCGUAUGAACAUUAAAUCUCCAUCUGAUUUUGAAUGGCAAAAACAGUCUCGGUUUUAUUUUCUUGAAGACUUGGAUAAAUGCAUUAUCCAAAUCACUGAUGUAGAGUUCACCUACUGCAAUGAAUACCUAGGGUGUACAGACAGGCUUGUCAUAACUCCCUUAACUGACAGGUGUUACAUCACCCUGGCACAGGCCUUGGGCAUGAGCAUGGGUGGUGCACCAGCAGGACCUGCGGGGACAGGGAAAACAGAGACAACUAAAGACAUGGGCAAAUGCCUGGGAAAGUAUGUUGUUGUUUUCAAUUGUUCAGACCAAAUGGACUACAGAGGCCUUGGCCGUAUCUAUAAAGGUUUAGCCCAAUCAGGUGCAUGGGGUUGCUUUGAUGAAUUUAACCGCAUUGAACUUCCAGUUUUAUCAGUAGCUGCUCAGCAGAUAUAUAUUGUACUUCAGUGUAAGAAAAAUAAGAAACCUCAGUUCAUUUUCACUGAUGGUGAUGUUGUUGACAUGGAUAGAGAAUUUGGUAUAUUUCUGACUAUG